AUGUUACAUGGAGCACAGACGGCCCAUAAAGUUAGGGACCACGAGGAGCAGCAGCCCGAUGAAGAAAUUCAACGCACCAUUGAAGAGACACAAGACGAGUUCGAAACAGUUAAUGGCACUGGAAUCAACGGAAGCGCACAGCCUGAGGGCGGUAAUGGAGGGGCUCACGAUGAAGAACCUCGUGAUGAGGUGCCUAACCAAAUCGCCAACUGCGAAGUGGCAGAGCCGAAUGAGGUCCGGCCUGAUGCUAUCUCCAGCAAUGAAAUUGAUGCAGAACCUAGUCAUCAAUCUUCAAGGGAGCCUGAGGACAGCAGAAAGGGCUCUUAUGACUUAGACUCUGAGUUUGAACCUGAGAUCGAAGACGAUUCAGAAGAGGGAGACGACGGAUAUACAAUGGGUUCGAGGGUAGACAAAGAACUUGUUAUGCCAGGGAGCAAACGAAAACUCUCUUAUGCGAGCCGUUCUCAGCCACGAAAGAAGCCUUGCCAGAGGGUAAAGUCGCCUACUAAGUGCCAAAGCAAGGAGAGAACCAUCCGCUUUAAAGAGGUCUAUGAAAAUACUCGAGCUGGCCGCAAGGAAAUAAUUGUACAGUUCCCUGCGAAUAACGGUCGAUGGUAUAUAAUUCGAUGUGAGGAACACGGAAUCGAAUUUAGUGGCAGCAACCCACUCAUGGAUGCCGCAUUUCAUCUGGGCAGCCUGAAGCACGAUAAAUACUCAAAGGCCUACAAGGACGUUAUCGAGAAGAUGGGUAUACGAGUCAAGUACUGUACGAAGAGUCGUGCAGAGCAAAAUAAUAACGCCAUUACGAACAAAGCUGGUCAGAAGAACUCGCCAACGUCGACGGAUCGGACUACAUAUAGCAGUCGGGACACGGAGGAUACCCUCUGCGACGACAUAGGGGCUGAAAUAUCACCCUACGACGAUUCUAACGAAGGCAACGAGAACUCAUACGUACGUCGUCAGCCUGGCGACAUAUGCCUCGUCUAUCAUUGUGGAGAAAGUAUCCCAGUUCUCGUCCUUCCUUUUGACAAAAUGAUUGAAAUUGGGAUCAACAGCGACCUCAAGACACUGAAUCUGGUCCAGACCAUGCCAGACUGCUGUAUCUAUAACCAACUCACAGGCAAAUACGGUUGGAAGGAUGGGUACGAGGAUGGUGGCCGGCUCGAAUCGUUUAGAGCUCACCCUGGCCUAUGCCUGACCCAAAGCACCCUGGAGUUGUGUCCCCCAUUAUGGGUAAAAGGAACAGACCUGGGAAACUUUGAUCUAGAAGACCCUAUGAUUAUGAAGCAGGGAUACUACCAGCCGCUAUUACGCCUCAUACUGCAGGUACAUAAUAAUCGGGCAGCUAGCAAUGUAAUAGCUCCAGGCAACCAGAUUCCCUGCAGCUCGGGAAAUAUUGCAGAUGGGACCGAUGGCGAAAGCUGCGUGAGCCCGAGAGUGCAUGGCGGAGAGAUUCAACCUGUUAAUUCAUCCAAGCAAGGCGAUGAUGUUGACGACGGUCCAGAGGAUGGCCGCUGUGGCCAAACCGAUCGACGAGUAAACCAAGAGGACAACCGCCUACCUUCGGAUAGCGAAGAUGACCAAAUCAAUCGCCCCUCGGAAUCAAGCGAACUGGGCUCGCGUAGUCUCCAGAAUGAUGGGGGUCAAGUGGCUGUAAUCAAGGGUGUCAACCCCAGAGUCAGGUUCCGUCUCAAGGACAGGUUGAGAUACCGACGUACGGUACUCCGCCCAUUCCGCAAGCUGGACACACUUUGCAUCAGGCCCAGAUGCAAUAUCAGAUGCAGACUGGGUCUUAUGCGCCACCCCAACCUGGAAUACAGCACCCACCUCUUCACUCUCAAUUCCGAGACCAGUCUCAAUUCCAACCUGGGAUACAAUUCCAAGCUCAUAAUCAACCACGGAGUAUGCCAGCCCAGUACCAUUCUCAGCCUCAAACUCACCCACAACCACAGUUUCCGAAUCAAAUCCAUCCUGGCCCUCAUAACCCGCUUCAGUCUCCCAUUCAAACUCAGCUACUGGCGGGACCACAGUCCCAGGUUCACUCCUACAGUCCAACACAGUCUUUCCCUCCAGUUCCGCCUCAGCCUCAGGGACCGCCUCAGCCUCAGGGACCGUAUCAGCCUCAGGGACCGUAUCAACCUCAGGGACCGUAUCAACCUCAGGGACCACUUCAACCUCAGGGACCACUUCAACCUCAGGGGCAACCUCAGUCCCAGGGACCACCUCAGCCUCAGGGACUAUCUCAUCCUCAGGGACCACCCCAACCUCUGCAAGGACUUCACGUUUCGCCUGUAG